AAAAAAAAUACACGGAAGUGGAUCAGAACUUGUCAACACGAAAGGCCAACCGACAUGACGAAGUCUUCCUGAACAAACCUGCCGGACAUGCCGCUGCGCUGACGUUUUUUCACCCCUUUUAUUUUACGCUUUAGUUUUGAUAUAAUUUCCGGCAUUACCACAAUGAGAGUCCCGUGCAGCAUCCGUGCCCUUGUAGUUUUCACUAUAAGCGCGUGCUGCACCGGUAAGGAGACAAACCCCUCGGCACUUCCUCACCUUGUGCCAGAUGUCAUUGGACGCUUCUUCGAAGCCCGCUGUGGGCGUUCCCUGCAAGUGGUGGACAACGAAGUGGGGGAGAUCCGGAGUUCCGCUUACCACAGCUGGUCCUACCGCUUUGGCUCCUCCUUCGACUGCUGGGUCAUCAGAGGGUCGGAAGGAGAGCCCGUCGUUCUCAGCUUUUCACAGUUCUCCGCUCAGUGCAGUCGGAAGGAAUGGGUGUCUAUAAAAUCAUCAGCUGUCAGUGAGCCGGUCGUCCUCUGUGGCUCCAAGUUGCCGCAGCCAAUGGAGUUCCCCGGGGGAAACGUCACGGUGAUGCACCACUUCAUGCCGCAUCAGUUCCCUGUGUCGUCUUUUCUGUUGAGCUACGCCAGAGUUUCUACACAACCCGACUCUGGCGGCUGCCCGGUGACGUCCUUUCAGUGCCGGGACGGGCGCUGCCUUCCUUUCUCCUGGCGCUGUAACGGCCAGGUGGAGUGUCUGGGCGAAGGCCCGGGCCUCGGCUCCGAUGAGCGUGGCUGUGACGAGGAAGAGGAGACCCCCGAACCUCCCGGGGACGGCAUCACGCCGGCAGAAGACGGCAGGGCAGUGGCGACCUCGGCGAGGACCCACGAUCGGGACCCGGAGAGACGUUACCUGACGGAAUCGGACCUGUGGGAGAUGAUGAGGGAGCGGAACAAAGAGUCGGACCGGGGGCCGCCUCUGACCCGCGGGCCGCCGGUCGCGACGGCCGCUCCGGUAGAGUGGCCCUGCGGGGGCUUCCUGCAGACCUUCUAUGGCACCUUCUCCCCACCGGCCAGCCGGGGGCCCGCGCUCUUCUGCGUCUGGACUCUGGACCCUCAGGACACGAGGCCACUGAGGGUGGACCUGCAGCAGCUGGCGCUGGGACCCGGGGACCGACUCACCGUGUACAACAGGGAGCAAGGCAAAGGAGACGUCCUGAAGAUUAUCACCAGCGCCUCCAAUUACAAAUCAAUCCAAGUGGAAUCGCACACCGGCCUGCUGUCGCUGGCCUACGAGGCCGCCUCCGGCUCCGAGGGGAGGGGCUUCAACGCCACGUUCCACGUCGGCAGCUACUGCCCCCCCUGGGAGGGCCGCUGCGGCGGAGCGGCGGGGGGCUGCUUCACGCAGGAGCAACGCUGCAACGGCAAGUGGGACUGCCCCGAGACGGGGAGGGACGAGCAGGGCUGCAGGGGCUGCGGCGCGGACCAGUUUGCGUGCGGCGUGGCGGCGGCGCCCAGUCGCUUCUCGGGCCGCCCGGUGUGCUACCCGGCGACGGAGCGCUGCAACUACCAGCUGUACUGUGCCGACGGCAGCGACGAGCGGGACUGCACGGCGUGUCAGCCGGGGACCUUCCACUGCGACAGCGACAGGUGCGUGUUUGAGAGCUGGCGCUGCGACGGCCAGGUCGACUGCAAGGACGGAACGGACGAGCUCAACUGCACAGUCACCCUGCCCCGAAAGGUCAUCACCGCGGCAACGGUGGGCAGCCUCGUCUGUGGGCUCCUGCUUGUCAUCGCCAUGGGCUGCACCUGUAAACUAUACUCGCUCAGGACCAGGGAGUACAGAAGCUUGUUUGCGCCAAUCAGCCGCCAGGAGGCGGAGCUGAUCCAGCAGCAGGCCCCUCCCUCCUACGGUCAGCUGAUUGCACAGGGCAUCAUCCCGCCAGUGGAGGACUUCCCCACGGAAAACCCCAAUGAGACGUCGUCUCUUUCUCUGCGGGGAAUUCUCCAGCUCCUCCGCCAGGACGACGCCAACUCGCCGCACCGCCGGCGCCGGCCCCGCUUCGUCCGCCGCGCCGUCCGCCGCAUGAGGAGGUGGGGCCUGAUCCCCCGCCACCCGUCGAGGCCGAGUCAGGCGUCGAGCUCCGCCCAGCAGCAGCAGCAGCAGCAGCCGCAGGACGCCGCGCCCUCCGGACAGGAAACGGCCCACCCCGCCCCCCCCUCCCCGUCGGCCGUGGAGGCCGCCAACCAGCCGGUGCCGCAGAAGCUCGGCCUGCUGGGCCGGUCGGAGCAGCAGGGGCUGCCGCCGCUGUCGCCGGCCGCGUCCCCUCUGCCGCCUCCUCCCUACGCCCCUCCGGCCCCGAGCCCGGCCGCCCCCAACACUCCGCCGGUCGCCGUGCCCCCCCCGAGCAGCCCCUCGCUGGCCUCCAUCUUCCACACGCUGGGCCUGAGCAUCUCGCUGUUCCGGGCCUCGCCCUCGCCCUCCACCAACUCCAUGCCCCUCUCGGCCUCCCCUUCCUUCUCCUCGUCCUCCUCGGACGACGAGGUGCUGCUCAUCCCGCUGGCUGAAGACACCGCUUCGGAGGACGACGUGCCCAUGCUCACCUGAAUAACCCCCCCCCCCCCUCUCCCACAAGGCCUCCUAUUAUCCCCUUCACUCAACGAUUUUAGAAAAAAAAAAUAGAAAAAAAACAGACUUUAUUUUUCCUUCCACCUUUGUUUGAACUGAAGCACAGGAGACUCGCUCUGUGCAAGUCUGGUGCCUUUUAAAAAAAAAUAGCUUUUGAGUUGGACUUGUUGAGUCGAGUAUUUCAUUUUGAGAGACCUGCUUGAGUUGGUGUCGGGGGGGGGGGGGGGG